AUGGAGAGUGAAGACAAGAAUUACUGCUUUCAGGAGCAUGGCAUUGGCCUGGAUAUAGAGCAGAGCCUCAGGGCAUGCAUCAACUGUACUGAGACCAGCAAAUACUUUACGUGGCUGCAGCAGCAGAGUCAUUCGCUACUUUUUGUUAAAACCUGGAGCUGUGGAGGUCCAGAACAGAAAAGUGCAUCCGCAAAGCCACGUAUCUGUAGCUUAAGCACUGGUUUGUCCUGUAGGUCUUUCACUUCAGUUGUCCCUACAACUUCAAGCGAUGCUGCCAUAUUUCUGAGGGAGAAGGAAAGCUGUGCCAAGCACUGUGCUGAGAAUGGGCCAAGCGCUAAGAAAGCUCUGCUGAAUUUUGAUGGGGGAGCGAAGGAGUCCCCACUGAACACCCAGGAGUGCAACAUCCAAGAUGCUGCUGCCAGGGUUUUAAAGAGAGACAAACUGAUGCUUGGGGAGGUCCUGGAUUUCACAGAGACAACACAUAUUGAAUUCAAGCACUUCGCUACAGAGACUAUCUUGGAAUACAUUAGAAAAACUCUUCCAAAUUAUGUUUCUGCCUUUGCAAACACUCAGAGUGGUUAUUUAUUUUUUGGAGUGGAUGACAGCAGGAAAGUCACUGGAAGCCAUACUAAAGUGGAGAAAGAAGCUUUGGAAGAAACAGUAGCUGAUACCAUGGGCUCGAUGCCCGUCCAUCACUUCUGUGGCUUGCAGGCUGGCGUGCAGUUUAAGGCUUAUAUCCUGAGUGUUUAUGACAAAGCCAAAUGCUUCCAGGGCUAGGUAUGCGCUGUGUGAGUUGAAGCAUUUUGCUGCUCUGUUUUCCAUGAUAACCCUGAAUCCUGGAUUGUGACGGGUGACGUGUUUGAAAGACUGAGCAUCAGGAAAUGGACAGAGCUCAUGACAGCUAAGGACCCAGAUACAGCCAGCCUCACCUCCAUCCCCGGCAAGGUGAUAGAAGAGUUCAUCCUGGAGGUCAUCUCCAGGCAUGUAGAGGAAAAGGUCUUCAGAAGUAGCCAACAUGGAUUCACCAAGGGAAGAUCAUGCUUGACCAACUUGAUAGCCUUCUAUGAUGGUGUGACUGGCUGGGUUGAUGAAGGGAGAGCAGUGGAUGUUGUUUACCUCAACUUCAGCAAGGCAUUUGACACCGUCUCCCAUAACAUUCUAAUAGACAAGCUAAGGAACUGUGGGUUAGAUGAGAGGACAGUGAGGUGGACAGAGAACUGGCUCAACAACAGAGCUCAGAGGGUCAUGAUCAACACGCAGAGUCUGGUUGGACUAGAACGUCUCCCUUAUGCAGAAAGGCUGAGAGACCUGGGUUUGUUCAGCCUGGAGGAGACUGAGGGGGGAUCUUAG